UUCGUUAGGCUCAUAGUAUAGCAGAUAUAAAUGCAUCUGCACUAUUCGUGGAAGAGGAGUUUCCAAGGCACCACUGAAAAGAUCGACAAAUCCUGAGGCGAUAUCACGGUACGUGCGCGGGCGCGCAUGGCCAUGGCGAUGUCAACCGGCGACCGUGUCGUCAAGAGCAAUCUCGUCACCGGUCUCCUCCGGUUGAGCGGGACCAUGCCGACGAUGACGGCAGCACCAGCGGUGGCGCCGCCCGCGUGCCUGCUUGGAAACGGCACCAAGACCGUGGUGCUCGAAGUCGACGCGCUGCUCCUCAAGUCUUCACCGCCGUCGGCCGCGACGCUAUUCCCGCCUUUCUUCCUCGUCGCCGUCGAGGCCGGCAGCUUCGCCCGGGGCCUCCUCCUGCUCGCGCUCUACCCGUUCCUGCACCUCAUGACGCACGCGAUGUGUGUAGAGGCCAUGGUCAUGGUCAGCUUCUGCGGGCUGCGGCGCGACGAGGCGGCGAGGAUCGGCAGGGCCGUGCUGCCCAAGUACUUCUCUAAGGAGGCGACGCGCGUGGAGGCGCUGGGGGAGGCGAGGGAGGCGGCGACGGGUGAGGUGAAGGCGGCGGCGGUGAGCAGGUCGUUCCCGACGGUGAUGGUUGAGGCGUUCUUGAAGGAUUACGCGGGUUUCGACGCGGUGAUCGGUAGGGAGGUCAAGGGGGGCUACGGAUACUUCGCCGGUGUAAUGGACGACGGGGAGACGUACGCGGAGAGGCUUAGGGCUGCUCUCAAGAGAGCGGAAGAGAACACUACGUACCAUUACCCGAAGCCCAUGAUCUUCCACGACGGGCGGCUGGCGUUCACGCCGACACCGGCGGCCGCGCUCGCCAUGUACGUCUACCUCCCCUUCGCCGUCGUGCUCUCCGUCGUCCGCAUCGCCAUCUACACCCUCCUCCCGCGGCGCCUGAUAGGCCCAACCGCCGAGCUCGCCGGCGUGCGGGUGCGCGUCACCGGCGCCCCUCCCGCCACCGCGAACGGCGAGAGUGGCGCCUCGGGCGGCCGGCUCUACGCGUGCAACCACCGCACGCUCCUCGACCCGAUCGCCAUCUCGAGCGCGCUCGGAAAGCCCGUGUUCGCCGUGACGUACAGCCUGAGCCGGAUCCCCCUGUCGGAGCUGCUCUCGCCGAUCCCGCUGCUGCGCCUCACCCGCGGCCGCGACGAGGACCGGUGCCGCAUGUCGUCGCUGCUGGAGCGGGGCGACGUGGUGGUGUGCCCCGAGGGGACGACGUUCCGCGAGCCGUACCUGCUCAGGUUCAGCCCGCUGUUCGCCGAGCUCGCCGACGAGGUGAGCCCCGUGGCGGUGGACGAGCGCUCCACCAUGUUCUACGGCACGUCGACGUCGUCGGGCGCCAAGUGCUUCGACUCGGUCUUUUUCCUGAUGAACCCACGGCCGGAGUACUCCGUCCACUUCCUGGAGCCCGUGCGCACGGACAACCCGCGUGGCAGCAUCGAGGUCGCGAACCAGGUGCAGGGCGUGCUGGCCGGCGCUCUCGGGUUCACGCCGACGGCGCUGGCGAGAAAGGACAAGUACUUGCUGCUCGCUGGUAAUGAGGGGGUUGUGUCGACCAAGGCAAGCAAAGUCAUCUAGGAUUGUAGGGAUUGUAGGGGGUCGUGUCAUUGAUUUUAGACCCCGAUAACUGCCACACACGUAUGGUAUAUUCGAUAUGCGCCCACACACCGUGUGUGGUGUGAGCAGGAGGCAGCCCACAUGGGUUGUGUGUGGACGGACAUUAGAAUUGCCCACAUGUGUGGGCGCGGCUACUUCGUGCCACACGCCAACAAGUACUACUCAUCUUCAUCUCGCGCGUGUGGCACAAAGCAAAAAUGCCCACACGUCCUGACGCAACUACGCUAGGUACACCGUGGGAUGAUGAUUUAGUUGCCAUCCUGGUUGGCAGAUGUAGUUAUCCGGGAUGGCAAGUGUAGUUGUAAAACAAUGGCAACUCUAUCUGUUUCGAUUAACUAUAAUAGUUGCCAUGUCUAAUUUA